AUGGAGAGGCCAGUGACGCCGCCGGUCGUACACGUCGUUGGCGUCGGUCACACACCCCCAUCGUCGUUGCGGACGCUGACGCCUCAUCCAGCGGCCCUCACGCUCGUCGCUGCCUCGUCCAGCGGCCCUCACCGCCGCGUCCAGUGGCCCUCGCGGUCACGUCGAGCGGCCCCCCCUGCCGCGUCGAGCGGCCCCCGCCGCCGCGUCGAGCGGCCCCCGCCGCCGCGUCGAGCGGCCCCCGCCGCCGCGUCGAGCGGCCCCCUCGACCGCGUCCAGCGGCCCCCGCCGCCACGUCCAGCGGUCCCCGCGCCCGCGUCCAGCAACCCCCGCCGCCGCGUCGAGCGGCCCCCGCGACCGCGUCUAGCGGCCCCCGCCGCCGCGUCGAGUGGCCCCCGCGGCCGCGUCGAGCGGCCCCCGCGGCCGCGUAGAGAGACCCCCGCGGCCGCGUCGAGCGACCCCCGCGGCCGCGUCGAGCGGCCCCCGCGGCCUUGUCCAGCGGUCCCCGCGGCCGCGUCCAGCACCUCCCGCCGUCGCAUCCAGCGGCUGCUACCACCCUACGAUUCCACCUCCACUGCCGACCGACCUACGACCUCCAUGAUUUAUAUGGUGCUUUGCGUGUUGUGUUCUGGCCAUCGAGCCAUUGAGUUAUUGCUAUUAUCCGGCCUGCGUGUCGCUAUUGUACAUAUCGCCUCCGGCUUCGAGCUGCCUGAGCCAGCUCCUCAGCUGACUCACACUCGUUUACUCUUCACGGCCGCGACAGCUCGAUCAGCAUUGUGA